UUAGGAGAUCGGAGAGGUAGGGGGGAGCAAGAAAGGUCUUCAGGUGCGAACUGACCACGUGCAAAGAGGUGCCAGGUGGAGGAAUUGAGGCAAGGAGUUCCAGAGUUUGGUGGCAUAGUGGCCGAACGCACGCUCCUGAUGGCGGACUGGAGGGGACGAGCUUCCCAAAAUGGACUAUGAUUUCAAGAUGAAGCUGACGACGGAGAGAGAGCGGGUGGAGGACCUGUUUGAAUACGAGGGCUGCAAAGUUGGACGAGGCACUUACGGUCAUGUAUACAAAGCCAAACGGAAGGACGGGAAAGAUGACAAAGACUACGCUUUAAAACAAAUAGAGGGUACUGGAAUUUCUAUGUCAGCUUGCAGAGAAAUAGCAUUGCUACGGGAGUUGAAACACCCAAACGUCAUUGCUCUCCAGAAAGUAUUUCUGUCACAUGCAGACAGGAAAGUGUGGCUUUUGUUUGACUAUGCGGAACAUGACCUCUGGCACAUAAUCAAAUUUCACAGAGCUUCUAAAGCAAACAAGAAACCAGUUCAGUUACCUCGAGGGAUGGUGAAAUCCCUAUUAUAUCAGAUUCUAGAUGGCAUUCACUAUCUGCAUGCUAACUGGGUGUUACACAGGGAUCUGAAACCUGCAAACAUUUUAGUAAUGGGUGAAGGACCAGAAAGAGGCAGAGUCAAAAUAGCUGAUAUGGGAUUUGCCCGAUUGUUUAAUUCGCCUCUGAAGCCUUUAGCAGACCUGGAUCCAGUCGUAGUAACAUUCUGGUAUCGAGCGCCAGAACUGCUUCUUGGGGCAAGGCACUAUACCAAAGCCAUAGAUAUUUGGGCCAUUGGCUGCAUAUUUGCAGAGCUGUUAACAUCGGAACCUAUUUUUCACUGUCGUCAAGAGGAUAUCAAAACUAGUAAUCCUUAUCAUCAUGACCAGCUAGACAGAAUAUUCAAUGUGAUGGGAUUUCCAGCAGAUAAAGAUUGGGAAGACAUUAAAAAGAUGCCAGAACAUUCAACAUUGAUGAAAGAUUUCAGAAGAAACACAUAUACUAACUGCAGCCUUAUCAAGUAUAUGGAGAAACAUAAAGUAAAGCCAGAAAGCAAAGCGUUCCAUUUGCUUCAAAAACUACUCACCAUGGACCCAACCAAGAGAAUUACCUCAGAACAGGCUAUGCAGGACUCCUAUUUCCUUGAAGACCCUCUCCCUACUUCAGAUGUGUUUGCAGGUUAUCAGAUUCCUUAUCCAAAACGAGAAUUUCUUACAGAAGAUGAACCCGAUGAUAAGGGAGACAAGAAGAACCAACAGCAACAGCAGGGCAAUAACCACACGAAUGGAGGUGGCCACCCAGGGAACCAAGACAACAGUCAUACACAAGGACCCCCUCUGAAGAAAGUCCGAGUCGUUCCUCCUACCACUACCUCAGGUGGACUUAUAAUGACCUCAGAUUAUCAGCGUUCCAACCCACAUGCUGCCUAUCAGAAUCCUGGAGCAGGAACGUCACAGCCACAGAGCAGCAUGGGAUAUUCAACUACCUCCCAGCAACCUCCACAGUACUCCCAGCAGACACUCCGGUACUGAGCUCUGGCUGAUCCUAAACUGAAUGCACUCUCUGUGAGGCUGCAGACUGAACAUAUGGCUGGCAGCCUGGGCUCUGGCCCAGCUCCCAAGAAUGUACUGUGUAACCACAUUAGCCAAGUUCUUUUGUUUCCACAGAUGGAGCAUCGCCUCCAUAAUAUAAAGUACUUGGGUUAGACUUGAAAAGAAAGCUCUAGCACAGUUUGUGUUUAUUGACAUGCUGCUUUCAUAGUUUACUUGACCUGCUUCAAACCAACCAUUCCCUGCCCCCCCUUCCAAUUACAGAUUAUAGCAGUCGAAGCUGUGAAUGUGCUAGAGCAACCAUUUCUUAUUUUUGGUGGUGAAUGUCCUUGCCGUAUCACAUUUUUUUUAAUAGCAAGAAAAUAUCUCCUAAACUGGUACUUGAAGAGCAGUUACAUUUAAUGGUCAAGGUAUUCAUGAUGCAGAAUAUACAUUUCGUACAGUUUUCACGUUUAGGUGCUUUUGUGGGUAGAUUGCUUAAUGUCUUAUCAGUGUUUUAUGUCAAAUGUAUUUGCUGCACAAGAUUUUACCUGUGUGUAAACUUCAUAAUUUAUCAUCUGAUCGUAACAUCCCAAAGAUUUCAGCAGGGCAGAUUGUGAACUUGCAACCACACUGUUCCAACAUGCCUUGACCCCCUUUUCUUUGUAAUUUAAUUUACUUGACUGAUAACACAGCUGCUACAUUUGAUUUACCUGCAGUAGAUGGAACUGUAUUGAGUAUUUCUGGUAUCUUAUCAAUUUAUCUGUUUCUUCAGAAGACAAUUAUCCAAUUGCUAUGGACAGUGUUCUUUUUAUUUCUGUUGGUGUUGCUGAUUUGUGAGCAUGCUUUUCAGGAAAACAAGCAUGUACUUUGUCUCUGCAGGUUUGAAGUUUCAGUUCAGAUAUUUCAUCAUGAAUCUUCAAAGCUGAUGUAGUGAAUUUCAUUUUCGUUGAAUUUUUUUUGAUGAAAAUGUUUGCACUGCAAUGGGUGAGCUUAAGAUGAUUGUGAAUUGUAGGAGGGCCUUAGAAUUAAUCUAAAAAUGUAACAUACAUUGUACUGUAUUAUUUUACAUGAAUGAAGCAAGUAUUCUGACAAUAAAUUUUGAAAACUUAUACUGGUAACAUUAAAACUACUGUUACAUUUUAAUCAGACGGCACAGAUGUGGUAUUAUGAGCCAAAUCUCCUUGAUUCAAGUUUGGUGAGUAUCAGUUUAAAUUAAUAGUUAUAAUCACAAACACACUUUUCUCAAGCAGUUUUUCCACAUAGUAUAUUUUUAUUUAAAUUUUCAUACUUAAAUUUUCAUAACUCAUUAAGAGGUUACCAUCUAUGCAAAGUUUACUUCAGUAUAUAUAAUCUUGCAUUGUCCAAUCACAAUAGGAUAUUUUCUUGAUGCUUGUAGCUGCUUGUCGCAUUAUUUUUUUUAAAAAAAACCCUGGUUACUGAUGCCCCCUUCUGAUCAGUUGUGGCACUGUAGCAAUGGAAGAGUGAAGCAACUCACUUUUGUCAUCUUCCAAUGAAGCUGCCUAAUAUGCUACUUAUUACUUACAAAUUUCAUUCCAACAUAGUCACACCUUGUGUACUAAAUCUGGAGCAAAAAAAAAUUAAUUUUCUGAAUUUUAUUUGUUCAACUACUUUCAUAAUAACUGUAUGAUUGAAAUGUGAUUGGUAAAACACUAAAGUCCACAAUCAUAAACAUGGAUUUGUUAGUUUCAUAAAUGAACCCACCUGAAUAAAUCAAUGACCCCUUAUCUCUUACACUGGCAUUUGGUAGUGUCUGUGGUCCCAAGCUUUUAACUAAAUGAUGCAUUUGUAUGGGAAUAAAAUGUACAGUGAACAUUUUCUAAACGCGUAGAGAAUAAAAUAAUCUAUUGAAAUGUACAGCAUUUACAAUGUCCCAGCCUUUGGCCCCACAAAAAACAUUUUUCAUUAAUAGAAGGAAAAUGGAUCAGACAACUCCAUAACUCGUGGUGGUUUCAGUGAUGUGACUUGACUGACAUUGACGACUGUCAAGAAUUUUCAUGCAUAUAAACAUUUCUGAAUACCAGCUUCUAGGAAGGUAACUGCGGCAAACUCGCUGGUCACACCCUAGUAGGGUAAUGGCUUUUAAGGUCACUAAAAAUGUAGCUGAAAAUGAAUUCUAUCUGCCUGAACAUUAUACACUUGCAGGUUAUGCAAGUUAUAAUAUUACAAAAAUAGUGUAACCUGUUUCUCCACCAAGAUUUAUUUAAAUACAGUGCUUGUGGUUAAAGUGCCCUGUUUGAGAAAUAUCUAGAAAGAACCUAUAUUCCGAUAUGAAAUUGUUCUAAAUUAAUCGUUAUAAAUCCAGAAUCUAUUGCCAUUUACAUCACCAGCAUAUUUUCAUCUAUUUUGAAUUGUAUACUAUAGAAAUGAAAACGCAUUGAAAAUAUAUUUACCGUAUGAAUGUUUUUUAAACAGCAAACUUGCUCUGCUGAAAUAAAGUAAAUUUGUAAGUAAUUACAGUACUACCAAUAUGUUCAGUUUCCAUUUUUAGAGCUAAGCUUGAUUAGGGUUUAAAAACUGUUUGGUGAGGCUACAAAGUUUGUUCAAAUUCCAAUACAAACGAUUGGGCUUUUGUUUUCCUUUGCUCAGUACGAGAGUCCAGUUUGAAUAUACAGGCUCAGUACCAUAAGGCAAUUUGUAUUUGUCCUUGUGAAUAAAAAUAUUAGAAUGAAAUAGAUUUAUUUUGAGAAGUAGGAUUAAGGCCUACAAUCGGUGCAAUGUUAAAAGCCCUUGGGUAAGUUUAAGAAACACUGCUUAAUUACUAGGUUUCAUAUCUAAUAACUGCAGUGUAUCAAUUGAUUCAUUAAACCUUAUUUUUCUUUUGUGUUUUUUUUAUUGGGUUGGGGAAGAGAAGACAGAUUUAAUAACAUUUUGUUGAACAGAAUGUAUUAGAAUUGGUAUUAAAUAUUGCUUGCUGUCGAAUACUUUGUACAGUAUUUCAUAUGAACUCUGAAAUAAAUCUUUAGUUGAAAAAGUAAAA